ACAUGGCUGCAGCUGUGGCCCGGGUGGCUUUCACUGUGACAUGAUUAAAUGUGGAGGUGACGCAGGGACUCGAACUGUGAAAUGAACCCGGCUCACCGAGCCGUGCUCCGGAGGAACACCCGCUUCCUGUCCGCGGAGCUGCAGGUCAGCGAUUCCAUCGUUCCGCUUCUGUUCCAGGACGAGAUCCUGACGGAAGCUCAGGUGGAACACAUCGAGUCUCAGGCCACGAGAACCCGGAAGACGCUGCGGCUCCUGGAGCUGUUGCCCCGCAGGGGGCCCCGGGCCUUCCGGUGCUUCCUGCGGGCCCUGGACGACUUCAGCUGGGUCCGGGACCGGCUGCUGCUGGACCUCCACACCCCGGGACCCGGGGCGAGACCAGGACCAGGAGCUGGACCAGGGCCAGGAGCUGGACCAGAAGCUGGACCAGGAGCUGGACCAGGAGCUGGAGCUGGAGCCGGUUCCACAGGUGAGCCACGGGCGGGAGAAAACGCUUCUGAUGACCGGCAGCUUCCUGAGUCGGUUCUCCAGAGGGUUCCUUCGGAUCGGGAGUUGUCCCGGCUGGCGUCUCGACUCGGAGCCGAGUGGGAGUUGGUGCUGAUGGAUCUGGGUUUGUCGGCGGAGGCUUUGUUUCGCUGUCGAGCCGAUCAUGGUCUCAGCGCUCACGGAGCAGCGCUCGCCGGCCUGGUUCAGUGGAGACGAUCUGAGGGGAAGAGAGCCCGGGUCCAGAGGCUGCUGGAGUCUCUCCAGGCUGCUGAUGUCCACCCGUCUGUCCUGCAGGACGCACUGAUCUGAUGCACGAGCUGACCACCACGUUAGAACCAACGCAACGAUGGACACUCGGCGGGACAAGAGUGAUCGAAACAAUGAGGACGAGACGUCUGAGUUUGAGACAAACUGAUGUUUUAAAAAAAAUCUCCUGCAGCGUCAUGGUAAAAUGUGUGUAACAUGUCCUGGUGAGUCCAUGUGAGGAACCAGCAGGACAAUGUGUGGAUGCUUCCGUGAGAGCGAGUGGACGUGUCGAUGAGGUUUCUAAUACGUGACGGACGUGAAACUGGAAGAAGACAAAUAUCUCAGGAUGAGAUUCCAGAUCUUUUGGUGUUGAGGGCUGACGCCGGUGUGGAUGAGCUGUAAACAACAACACUGAUCUUUCCACAGCAGAGUUUAUACGUCAUGUCCCGCCUCCUGCUGCUCUACAGGUUCCGCCCCUCACCUGGAUGUUCCCACAUGUUCCUGUUUGAACGAGUCGGACCCGACAACCUGCUGCUGUUGCUUCACAAACACUAACUACACAACACGUCCUGAGAAGAUUUCCUGGAGUUCUUAGAUUUUACAUUAAAAAAAUUGUGGACUGUUCAUUUAAAACAACUUAAAAAAUAAAUUAACAAAAGAGUUUUUUUUACUUAAAAUUAUGUGACGUCAUCAAACCAAAUAAAAAUCAUAUAAGUUCUA